AUAAGAGUCUCUCAUACAUUUGUGCAUUCAAAAAUUCACAAACCAAGUCGUGUACAAAUGGGUUCAGCGUUCGAUCCCCUAGCCAUGGCCACUGAGGAACCCGCCGUCGUUAACUCAACGCCUCUUCUCUCUAACCUCACCCAAGAAGAACUCAAGAGAAUCGCCGCCUAUAAGGCUGUCGAAUUCGUCGAAUCUGGAAUGGUCAUUGGUCUCGGCACUGGCUCCACCGCGAAACACGCUGUGGCUCGUAUCAGCGAGCUUCUCCGUGAAGGAAAACUCAAGGAUAUCAUCGGAAUCCCUACUUCAACCACAACGCAUGAGCAAGCGGUUUCACUUGGGAUACCGUUGUCCGAUCUGGAUUCGCACCCAGUCGUAGAUCUAUCAAUCGACGGCGCUGACGAAGUCGAUCCGGCUCUCAAUCUGGUGAAAGGACGCGGCGGCUCGUUGCUGAGAGAGAAGAUGAUUGAAGGAGCAUCUAAAAAGUUCGUUGUGAUUGUUGACGAAUCGAAGCUCGUGAAGUAUGUCGGAGGAAGCGGACUCGCCGUACCGGUGGAGGUUGUUCCGUUCUGCUGCGAUUUCACACGGGGGAAACUGGAGGAGCUUUUCAGAGAAGCUGGAUGUAAAGCGAAGCUCAGGAUGAAGAUUGGAUCCAACGGCGGAGAUGCGGCGCCGGCUGUUACGGAUAAUGGGAAUUACGUGGUGGAUUUGUAUCUGGAGAGAGACAUGGGAGAUUUAGAGGCGGCGAGUAAGGCGAUACUGAGGUUUCCCGGAGUGGUGGAGCAUGGGAUGUUUCUCGGAAUGGCGACUACAUUGAUCGUCGCCGGGAAAUUCGGUGUAACCGUCAGGGAUAGGUUUGGAUAAAAGAGUCAUUUUCAAAAUAGUUAGGGUUUAUGGUUUGAUUUUGGAUUUUGGAUUAAAGAGGGGAUGGAUUCUCUCUGGUUCUGUAAACCCUUUUCUCCUAUUGGCUUAGAAAUUUUGACUUAUUUUUUCUGUAGAACUUUGACUUUUUGUGGAGUACAACAUCUCCCCGGACCUUAUGAUA